GUUUGGUGGAAGUUACUGCAGCCAAAGCAGAAACAACCACUUUAAAAGUCAUUUUCUCAAAACCAUGACUUCUCAAAGUCAUUAAAACAUACAUUGUUUGUGUUUAAUUUAAAUUCUAUCACUAGUCUUUGAAUUGCCUAAUUUAAAUUGCCUCUAGCAGUGUUGCUAUAGUACUAUAGUAAGCUAUAGUACUUGUUUUUAAACUAGAUUACUAAAUUAAUCUACUCCAAACAAGAGUGGGAGAGGUCAUAAAUCAAUAAAGUAUCAUUAAUAUGAUGCUAGACAGCUCUGCAUAAAACAUGAGAGACUGUGGUUUAGAAAACAAAAAAAGACCAGCUGAUUAGAAGUACAACCCACAACAGACGCGUACUAACACAGACUUCAGCAGUUUUCAUCUCCGUGAUCAUACACUCACUACAGGACUUUAAUUUCUCCUUUUCUGAGCUGCUGAAGGAAAUGUUUUGCUUGUCUGCUUUUUGCUGUUUGUGCUUUUGGCAUCAGGUUGUGUUUGCUGAUCCGGAGUCAGUGUCAGUGACGGAGGGAGAAUCAGUCACUCUACAGACUCGUGUUACUGAAAUACAGACAGAUGAUCUGAUAACAUGGACAUUUGGACAUUCAACGACUCUUAUAGCUCAAAUCAAUAAAGUGGAGGGAAUUGUCUCCACAUAUGAUGAUGUUCUUGAUGGGAGAUUCAGAAACAGACUGAAGCUGGACGAUCAGACUGGAUCUCUGAUCAUCACAAACACCAGAACCACAGACUCUGGAAAUUACACAGUAAACAUCAAAGGCACAAAUAAGACCACAUACAGAUUCAAUCUUACUGUCUAUGCUCGUCUGUCUGUUCCUGUCAUCAGCAGAAACUCUCCACAAUGUUCAUCAUCAUCAUCAUCA